UUUAAUCCGGGGCGCGGACGUGCGCGUCCCCGCGGAGUCUUUGUGUGGCGGCGUCGAGAAGCGCAAAUACAAUAACCAUGGCCGACGAGAAACCCAAGGAGGGGGUAAAGACGGAGAACAACGACCACAUCAACCUGAAGGUGGCGGGACAGGACGGGUCAGUGGUCCAGUUUAAAAUCAAGAGACACACACCCCUCAGCAAGCUCAUGAAGGCCUACUGUGAGAGACAGGGACUGACGAUGAGGCAGAUUCGAUUCCGGUUUGACGGACAGCCGAUUAACGAGACCGACACGCCCGCACAGUUGGAAAUGGAGGAUGAAGACACAAUUGACGUUUUCCAGCAACAGACAGGAGGACACGUCUGAAGCGACCCCGACCCGUCUCUCUCACAGACCGCUCUCCUCGUGGUUAUCUGUAACUGCUGUUGUAUAGUGUUUCUUUCAUUUUGUACAUAAAGGGUUUCUGCUACAGUAAUUAUUACAUUGGGAUUGUUAAUCGCUGUAAAAUCUGACAUGUUAAGCCCGAGUCUUCUAACGAGCGAUCGCUAAACAAUCAUGGAGACAGUCACCUGUGUAUAGACCAACUAAUACAUGCUUCCCCUUAAGAAUCAUUGAGGAUACGAGCCGUGUGCUUGAGUUCAGGGUUUUGUUCUGCUUCAGAUAUGAGCACACAGGCUUUUUACAAAUUGUGUUUCAAGAAAUGAUAAAGAAAUGUUAUACUUUACGCAGACAAACCUGCAGUUCAGAUUGACUUUAUGUUUUCCAUUCAGACAAAUUGGAUUUACAACUUUUUUUUUUUUUUGUAGUGGUCAUGUAAAGUGCGAAACUUGUGUUAAACAUGCUUUGACUCGAGUACGUACGAGGGAAUUCAUGUUUCAGAGAAGUCCAGCAUCUGUCUGUAUUGUCUAAUCGCUUGUUAAAAUAAAAUAUUCUCUUUUUA